AUUUGUAAAUUAAACUUGAAAUUCCAUGUGCUAUGAGUUUUUUCAGUUUUGAUUCGUUUAAUUUGUGUUUAUUAUCUACUUUUCAGUUCUUUUCAGUCUGAAAAAUCAUUUCACCGUUGAAUACGUUUCAUACAUCGUGUUGCCGACAGAGUGUUGUUUUUACUUAUAUGUUGUUUUUAUCGACUCGUUGAUUUUACCAAAGUUAACUAUUUUCUGUUGAUUUGUUAUAAUAAGUAAAAUAAUAACAGAGUUUGACAAUGAAGAUUGCUGUAGAAGGAUGUGCCCAUGGCGAACUUGAUAAAAUCUAUGAGUCUAUUCAAGCAUUGGAGAAUAGACACAGAAUAAAAAUUGACUUGUUGAUUAUUUGUGGAGAUUUUCAGUCAGUAAGAAAUCCAGCAGAUCUUGAAGGUAUGGCAGUUCCUCCUAAGUAUCGAAAAUUGAAUACAUUUUAUAAAUACUACUCUGGUGAGAAAAAAGCACCUAUAUUGACAAUAUUUAUCGGCGGGAAUCACGAAGCAUCUAACUACCUAUCAGAGCUUUCUUAUGGUGGUUGGGUUUGCCCAAAUAUAUAUUAUAUGGGUUAUGCCAAUGUCAUAAACAUUGGAGGAUUAAGGAUCGCUGGACUGUCCGGUAUUUAUAAAGGUCAGGAUUAUCUGAAAGGACAUUUUGAGACACCACCCUACGAUAAGUCCACUGUUAAAAGUAUUUACCACGUAAGGAAUGUCGAUGUCUUUAGGCUUAAACAACUUAAAAGGCCCAUAGACAUCUGCAUAUCUCAUGACUGGCCCAGGUCUGUGUAUAAACAUGGUGAUAUGGAGCAACUAUUACGUUUUAAACCCUUCUUUCGGGAAGAAAUGGAAUCAGAUAAACUAGGUAGUCAACCAGGGGAAGAGUUGCUGAAAAAAUUAAAGCCUUCCUAUUGGUUUGCUGCGCAUUUACACUGUAAAUUUUCUGCACUUGUGCCACAUGAUGAUGAAAAAGGAGCUUUCACUAAGUUCCUGGCUUUAGAUAAGUGUUUGCCGAGGCGGAGAUUUCUCCAGGUUUUAGACAUUGGUAAAGCAGUGGACUUUCCACAAAUUGAAUAUGACCCGGAAUGGUUGUGUAUUUUGCGCAGCACAAAUCAUCUUUUAAAUGUUUCCAGGAGAAGUUCGUUUAUGCCUGGUGCUGGUGGUACAGAGCGUUGGGAUUUUACUCCAAAUGAUGAAGAGCUAGAUAGUAUUAAAGGUAUUUUAAAUGAUGACUUGAAAGUACCUUGCAAUUUUGUAGUGACAGCACCAACAUUUUUGGCUGGUGGUUCAUCUCCAACUAGUAGUUUGAUGAAGAAGUAUUUGAAUCCACAGACUCAAACUUUUUGUAAGCUUUUUAACUUAACUGAUCCUCAACAAGCUGUUUCUUCACCUGAUAGUUUUACAAUCAGUGAUUUUUCAGGCACUGAAUUCAAUAGUUCUAACCCCACUUCGUUUGAUCCUGAUGAACUAUCUAGAUCUAGUAGCGAUGAAGAGACCGUGGAUUGUUCACAAGAUGAUGAUAAUCAAGAAUUUCUUGGCUUCUUUAUUGACAGAAUUGGCUCAUUGGGAAAUAAAAGUAAGCGGACAUCUCCGAAGAAUCAAUCCGAUGUCUCGACGGAACUAUCAAAUUUAGAAUUAUUUCCAGAUAUUAAGACAGAAAACAGAGUUUGUUCAACAGAAAGCAAAAAUGUACAGAAAUUUUUGCAAGACCAGCCUGACAACCCUGAGAUUCUCAUCAAACAAACAAAAUUGGAGUCAUUUCCAGAAAUAAAAACAGAGAAUUUGAAAGGUGAUGCGACUUCCUCGGAGCAAAUAAGCUCUUCAUUUGUAUUUAAAAGAAGAAAUCAAUCUUUGUAUGCCAGUACUGAAUCAUCGGAAUUAAGUACGGAACAAGAGGUUGAUGACAGUCUAGGUAAAAGAUUCAAAAGGAGUGUCUUUCCUGCAUGUCAUAAUGUAGAGUAAAUGAGUGAAAAUAUAUUUUAACAAGAUUUCAUUAUGUAUGUAAAUAAGUAUGUAACUAUAGUUCUAUGACAUUGAGCCAGAGGAGCCUGCUUAGAAAUGUCUUCAUUAACUUGAUGUUUACAUUGAAAGUGAAUGUUUACAACUUCUGAAAAAAUUCACUUGACUGUAGAUCUUUUUAACGAUUGGAAUAGUAGGAAAAAAAGUCUUUUAAAAUCAGAGACUUAAAUUUUUUUCUAAAGAUAUAAAUUUUUAUUUAAAUAAAAAGUUUUAUUUUGAAUGAAAUUGAAAGUUCAGUGGGUACAAGUGUAAUAUUUUUUUUAAUAAUUAAAAGUUAGUUAUGUAAACAUUUUAUCUAAGUUUAAAUCAUUUAACUAGAAAAAAAGGCAGGAUCAGGAUAUUCAAUCUUUAACGUUAAAACAAAAAAAAAUGUUCAGCUUUUUAUAUGUAGCAAUAUUUUUAGCACGUUCCAUCCGCUCUUUGUCACUGAACUUGUCCAUUGUUAAUAAUAAAAUAUCAUUGUUUAA